GGGCGGAGGCCCCGGCCGCGGCCUGCGGAGAAGACGACGCUGCGGGCGGCGGGGCUGCGGGCGUCCAAGAUGUCCACCAAGAAUUUCCGAGUCAGUGACGGGGACUGGAUCUGCCCUGACAAGAAAUGUGGAAACGUAAACUUUGCUAGAAGAACCAGCUGUAAUAGAUGUGGUCGGGAGAAAACAACCGAGGCCAAGAUGAUGAAAGCUGGGGGCACAGAAAUAGGAAAGACACUUGCAGAAAAGAGCCGAGGCCUUUUUAGUGCUAAUGACUGGCAAUGUAAAACUUGCAGUAAUGUGAAUUGGGCUAGAAGAUCAGAGUGCAACAUGUGUAAUACUCCAAAGUAUGCUAAAUUAGAAGAAAGAACAGGAUAUGGUGGUGGUUUUAAUGAAAGAGAAAAUGUUGAGUAUAUAGAAAGAGAAGAAUCUGAUGGAGAAUAUGAUGAGUUUGGACGUAAAAAGAAAAAGUAUAGGGGAAAGGCAGUUGGUCCUGCGUCUAUAUUAAAAGAAGUAGAAGAUAAAGAAUCAGAGGGCGAGGAAGAGGAUGAGGAUGAAGAUCUUUCUAAAUAUAAAUUAGAUGAGGAUGAGGAUGAAGAUGAUGCUGAUCUCUCAAAGUAUAAUCUUGACGCCAGUGAAGAAGAAGAUAGUAAUAAAAAGAAACCAAAUAGACGGAGCCGUUCAAAGUCUCGAUCUUCACAUUCUCCAUCUUCAUCACGCUCAUCCUCCCCCUCAAGUUCAAGGUCUAGGUCCAGGUCCCGUUCAAGAAGUUCUUCCAGCUCGCAGUCAAGAUCUCGUUCCAGUUCCAGAGAACACUCGAGAUCUCGUGGGUCGAAAUCAAGAUCCAGCUCCAGGUCCCACAGGGGCUCUUCUUCCCCACGAAAAAGAUCUUAUUCAAGUUCUUCAUCUUCUCCUGAGAGGAGCAGAAAGAGAAGCCGUUCUCGAUCUUCUUCACCUGGAGAUCGCAAAAAAAGACGAACAAGAUCACGGUCACCCGAAAGCCAGGUGAUGGGUGAGAACACUAAACAACCCUGAGCCCAGGGCCAACCCCUACGGAACACCACUACUUCACCCAGGCACCACAGGUCGUCUUCUGGAUCAACCCAUUCUGCCUCUCGUUCAAGUUCCAAAAAGAAAUAAUGUAUUAAAAUCACAUCUAAAACAGCAGUGCAUGAAGCAUACUUUUUAAGAAGUUGAUAUCUUAUUUGAUCAGAAGUGCUAAAUCUGCUGAUAGAGGUGCAUGCCUUUAUUGUGUUUCAGAACAAUACAUCUAUGUUUAUUUGUGGAACUAAAAGUAAAUGCAUUUUAAGCCAUAAUGUCCCCCAAAUGUUCUGUUUAUUAAUUACAGCCAUUGACUUCAUUUAAAACCAUUUCAGCUUAACGGUACCUUUGAUUCCUCAUUUCAGUUCUCAUUCUCAUUUCUGAGUAGAUCCUGCCUACAUUGGCUGGAGCCAGGAUUACCUAAGCUUUCCUGGACACUGGCCAUGUGUACAAGGCUGAUACAGUGACCAACUUGUAUUCCUUUGGGAGUAGUUGACCUGGUCAUUGGCUGUGUCAUAGUGAUUCUUAACAGAAGUUUAAUUAUAAAGCCACCAACUGGAAACUUCCUUUCAAUUCCCUAUGCUGAGGGUGCCUUAGAAUCCUUGUCUCUGUUACCCUCUUUAUGUCAGUUUUGCACCACCACACUUGAAGCAAAGGAAUCUGGAGAACUGCAGGAGAGAGGUGUUCUCCUUUCCCUUUUCUCAUCCAAAAAGUCCAUCUUUACUGAUGUUAAAAAAUAUAAUAAUAAUAAUCUGUUUUCAGAAUGUUUAUUUGAAAUAAGAGUUGAGUUACAAAUACCGUAUUUGAUUGAUGUAUUGAAAAGCUGCAUUGGUUAAUGAAAAGCUAGCAGCGGUCAUGUAAAUUUAAGCAAAUAUAUGACUUGAGACAUUUAACACAAAACAAACUGCAGAUAACUUUUUUUUGAAUAGCUAAAGAAUGCUGGUUUCUGCAUAAUUAAAACUACUUUCCUGUUUACUUGAAAAAUCUUAUGGCUUAAAAUGCUUUCAGAGUUUUAUUUCUGAAAUAACAAGAAGUGGUCACUUGAUCAUUUUGUUUUAAACCCAUCUGGUUUAAAAGUUAAGUUUCUCUUAACAGUCCUCUUCAGUGACAAUAUAAGGUAAGUAUAUUAAAGGAAAUCAGCAAUUGUACUUUGGCUCUCUGUGAAAGGGUAUUGAUUUCUUUUUCUUGUGUUUUUUUUUAAUUAAAUUUUUUGUCCCUCAAUAUUUCUCACUACAAUUUAAAUAAGAAUUAAAGCAUUUUAAGGUGGUUAGUAGACAGACCAAACAUUUUUUUUUAUUUUAAAGUGUUUUUUUUCUUCGGUGAUCUAAAGAUGAAAGCAAGAUAUCUAUGUAGAAAUAUUUUCAUAAUAUUUUUACAAGCUUUCCCGUGUUUUCUAUGUCUUAAUUGUCCUUGCUGCAUUCACUGUAGGUUGCACAAGAACUCUUGCUCUCUUGUAACUGUGCCUCGGGCUUGUUGAAAGUCUGCUUUUUGAGUUGCCAGAUGAACCUUCUAGAUGCUCCAUGUUAAAUUGGUUUACUCUCGUGCUCUGUGUGUUGGAAACUGGCUGUCCUAAGCAAAUGCAAGGUUGUAAAUUUAGCUAUUAGGAGUUUACAGUUUACAAUUCAGAUAAUUAUGAUUUGAUUUGGUUUAAUUGAGCUGUACUACUUCAUUUCAUAAGGAAAUGAAACUGUAGACAAAAUGUAAAUAAAAUCUGUGAGUCAAGCA